UCAGUGAGUUCCAAUUGUGUUCAGAUUAUUGUUUACAAAAUUUUUCUGCUAAUUAAUUGAUUAGUUUGAUUAAUUUUCUUUUUUUUUAUUCAUAGUAAUUCAAAGAUAAGCAACAUGUUUACUUUAAGAAGAGUUCUACCUGGUGUUUCUUUGCUUAGAAAUGGAUCAAUAACCAUGAAGAAAAUAAUUGAAUCUGAUUUUCUAAAAUCAUCUCAAUGUAAAUUGAGUAUUAUGUCUCAAAAUAUUGGAGAAAAGGUGAAUUUUAAUGGACAGAAUUUAGCUAAAAGUAAAGGUGAUGGCUUGGAAUUCAGUAAAAUAACUGAAGCUGAUAAUUUGAAAUUGUAUUUUAAUAAAGUUAAUCAAACAAUUGAUUCAACUUCAAAGGAUCGUCACUUUGCUGUUGUUUACAUGUACAGUAAACAGAAACUUUUAACCGAAGGUGAUAUGUUUUACGUGUUAAAAGAUUUACCUGCUAAUCCUGGUGAUAGAAUUAAAUUGGAAAAGAUAAUGAUGAUUGGAAAUGAUAAAUUAACUCUCGUUGGAAGACCUUUGCUAGAUCGUAAUUUGGUUCAUGUGGAAGCGACAGUUAUUGAAAAGACUCAUAGUCACACUUUUAUGGGCUUGGUGGCCAAAAAGCGUUCUCAUCGUUUCCGUCGAUAUUAUUUCCAACGUAAACCAUUAACGAUUUUGAGAAUUAAUGAAAUUCGUAUUUGUCAUCAUAUUAACGAAUCACAUAGUUUUCUCCAAUAAUCAUUUUUUGAAAUAGUCAGUUGGUUUAUAUAACUUUCGCUUUGUCAAACUACUUUUGCUUGUGAUUAAAUAUUUCAAUCAAUUUAUUUAGUAAAUUUAAUUGUUACCAUUCUAA